AUGGAGAAUGUUUCCGUGUCCAAGGGUGUGUUCGCGUACAAGGGAAACUAUAAAAUUGGCAACAAGAAGAAAAAAAAGAGCAAUGCUCAAAAUCCGGAAUAUUUUGACGAGCCUUGGUACGUCGCGUACAGCGAAACGUGGCGGUACAUCGAACAAGCCGUAGAGAAUGUGAGAUCGAGAAUGUUCCACGAAGUUAUGUCCAAUUUGGGAUCUUUUGUGUUAAAAGCGAAGACAACCCCGUUAAACGCGAAAGAAUUAGCCACAGCUAUUUUAUUGACAGGAGUUAAUGUUCCCGAUCACACGGUGCUUUUCGACACUACGGUAUCCAAGCUCAGCAAGAUAACGCCGCACAUAGCGGUGCUGUGGAGCAGAAAUUGCGGCAACGUGAAAAGCAUCAUCGAGGACACCGUGUAUCAACUCGUCAACGCAACGGAAUCGGAAGACGUUGUCGAAGUGCCCAAGAACCGGUGCACGAUGCGUGUCUUGAAAGAACAGGUCGGGAAACAUUACAACACGGAAGAUCCCCUGGUCGUGAUUCUACCGGAUUUCGAGAGCUUCUCGACCAGCGUGUUGCACGACUUCAUCCUGGUGCUGAGCUCAUACACGAGCACAUUGAAGUUCGUGCUGAUAUUCGGCGUCGCGACCACCUUGCACGUCGUACACCGAUCAUUGACAUACGACGUCACGUCGAAGUUGGCAGUGCAGGUUUUCCACACGCAAACGCAGGUGCAGACGUUGUCCGACAUAUUGGAGAACACCGUUUUCUCCACGGAGAUACCGUUUAAAUUAAUCGGCCGUGCGUUUCAACUGUUGACGGAUAUCUUUCUGUUCUACGAUUUCUCGGUGGAUCGUUUCAUGCAAAAUUACAAGAUAUGUAUGAUACAACAUUUUUACGGCAACAACAUAAGCUCUCUCUGCUGCCAUCCGCGGGACAUUAAGAAGAGAAUAUCGAAACUCACCGACGAGAAUAUCGCAGACAUUAAAAGUUUACCGUCGAUAGCGAGGUAUCUGAAAACGUCGAGCAAAUCGGCAAAUCAGGACGACAAUGGUGAUAAAAAAUUCAAGGAAUUGCUGGAGAAAUUGUUAAACAAAUUUCACGAAUUCAUGCAUCAAUUUUUGAUUAUUUUGAGAUGUAUGCACUGCUUGUUCGCUUCAUUACCAGGCGCCCCAAUGGGUAAACAGUUGCGGGAAGUAUACACCAAGGCGGUUUACACAAGUAAUCUCACGGACUCCGUGGUAUACAAGGAAUGCCUGAAAUUACUGGGAUUUUUGUCGAAGGAGGAACUACUCUCGAAACUCGAAUCUGUCGUAAAGAUCGUCGACGAUUCCGCCGAUCCGACCAUCAAAAACAUAAAGAGCGAGCUCGAGACUCACAUCGAGACGAUUCGCGAAGCUAGUUUGGACGCCGCGAAAGCCUCUUCCGAACUCGUCACGGUGAAUGAUAAGCUCAAUCGUUUGCAACUAAAAGAGAAAUUGCUCAAAAUGAGUCAGCAGCAAUCUCAGUCCGCUUACAAGCAGGCGCAGCACGACUUAAUCGAUUACCUGGACCGACGUGUGUUCUCCGUUCACUUGGUCGACCCGAGUUGCGUGACAGCUCACGAGAUUUUCUGCUAUAGCGAUGGGAACCAGGCGAAGCACCACAUUCGCGGUUCCUUGCGGGCCGCCAUACACACCGGAUUGAGCGAUCCGCAGAUAUACCUGGACUGUGACUGCUGCAAAUUGGAGAACGACGACGACAUUCCGCGCACGCUUCCCGACCUGAGUAUAAUUUAUAAGCUGCACUUGGAAUCCGGGAAGCUGAUCAAUAUGUACGACUGGCUGCAGGCCUUCCUGACGAUCGUGGAUCCGCAGCAGCAAGGUGCGCAGCGUGACGUGGAUCUGGGAAUGCAAGCUCGGUUUACUCAAGCGGUCGCUGCCCUGCAGUUCCUCGGCUUCAUCAAGACUUCUCGAAGCAAAACGGAUCAUGUAAAGCGUCUUACAUAAGAACAAUAUGCGUGUUUGAUUGUUUGCGCUGUCUGUUGUUCGUGUACGCGCGCGCAACAUUAUUCACGUAUGCAAAGUAUUAUUCAUGAAUUAUGUAUGAACAUGUAUUUUCGAGUUAUCGUAUUUUGUACCAUUUAUACGAGGUGAAUGAAGCAGCAUUAAAAUGAAGAGCGCACACGUGUGUGCCUCGCAUCCUCCUAUUAAAAAGCAGACGAUCCACCCCGCGCAUUCCCCUGCGUUUUCCGAUAUCUACUCGUUUCCCGAGAACGAAGAAGCUAAGAAAGCGCGCGCAUUCUGGGAUUUCCGAUUUUACGUUCCGGGCGCGUCGUUUGUUUGUCCAAGUAUUUCCCAUCGCCUCCGUCGUUCCCGCGGUUGCCAGACGAUCGAAGAUACGUGCCCCGUGUAUUUAUAUUCGCCGGGAUCCGAACCCCGUGGCGGAGAAUAAUUUAACGAUUCGCACGCAUAUUGAUGACGCGCGUUCGCGCAUCUACAUAAGUCUCGAUCGCCGCGACGCGAUCCGAAAUACUCGUUAUCCCGGGCGCCGAGAUCGGCGUUACGCGAUUUCCCCACGUUCUCUCAUCUUGUCCCGUUACAGCCUCGUCUGAA